AUGGGCAACUUCGUCUACGACGUCCCGAGAGUCUCCCUCUCCCGCUCUCCCCCUGACAGCCUCAGGGGCGAUCCCGAGACUCCUCGCACUCCAGACGACGCUGGAGGCUUCUUCGGGGAGCCUGUUGCCACCUCGGGGGCUCACGUCUCCUCUGCCUCUGCUGCUGGAGCCACUGCGGUGCUCAGCACCUUUACCCACCUCCCUGCCGGCCCUCUCUCGCCCGUCAACGAGAUGGGUACCGCUGCCUCGGGCAGCUCGCAAGUUCGUGGCCGCGAGAUUCCUCGCUUCGUCGGAGGCUUUUCCUCGCAGAUCUGGGCGCCUACCCGUCUCGACCAGGGCACCGCUUCUGCUGCUGCUGCUGCUGCUGCCGACAACCAAGCGGCUUCUGCUGCUCACGCUCGCUGGGGCUCUUUGGAUGCCCACAUGAACCAGAGAGAUGGCUUCGUCCGCCGCGAGAACCCCAUUGCUCGCCCGUCGCCCUUUGCGGCCUACCAGACUCGCUUCCCUGCCGCGGUCAACACGCCCCCCAACGUGUACCGCCCAGCCAACCCUCAGGGCUUCGCCCGUCCGUCGUCUGGCUAUCCCAUGUUUGCGCAGCAGCACUCGGCUGCUCGCUACAACCACGAGGCUGGAGUCACUGCCAUGAACCGCCAGAUGUCUGCCGCCUCCUCCAUGAACGACUCCCUGUUCGAUCUUUCCGAGCUUCAAAGCUCUCUCUUCAGUUCUGCUGGUGUCGAGGCUGCUGUCAACCAGCCUCUUGGAAUUGACAUCCUCCGCCUCUCUACCCCUGGAGUUGCCCCCAUCCGCCAGCUUUCCUCCGCUGCUCGCCCUGCUGCUCGUCCUGCCCAGGUGCCCGUCAACGCCCCGACCGGAGGCUUCUUGCCCAUGCAGGCUGUGAUGCAGCAGACUCCCUCGCAAGCCUUUACGGCUGACUUCUCCCCCUGCGCUCCCAGCACGGCCAAGUUCUCGUCUCGCUACCACGGCAUGCACACGGAGACCAACGCCAGCGCUGAGCACCUCGCCCCUGAGCAGAACUGCGCUCUUUGGCUCACCAACCUCCCUGCUGGAACGAGCACUCACCAGCUCCUCAAGGCCAUCCGCAACGUCGGCCGUGUCUGGUGCACCUACGUCAACUACCCCGACUUCCACGCCCAUUCGACAGCCGCCGCCAAGGUUGUCUUCUUCACCCCCGAGGCUGCCCAGCAGCUCCUCAGCAUCUCUUGGACCCGCGGCCUCUUCGUCGAGGGCCAGCGCGUCAAGGUUUCCUACAACCGAAUCAAGUACGGCAGCCACCCCGUUGCUGGACGCAUGUCUCGCGUCCUAAUCAUCACCGGUCACGCCGACUUUGUCAACGAAGCCGCUCUCACCAAGUUCUUCAAAGACAGAUUCAUCUUCCAGCUCGACGAGGUCACUGAGCUCAUCAGAGCCGGCGGACGCGCCGUCAUGGAGUUCAAGUUUGGUAGCUACCGCUGCCAGUCCCAGAUGGGCAAGAUGUCCCUGGAGAAGGACCGUCCCCGUGGCCUCGAAAAGGUCGAGUUUGGCGACGACCCUUGCGAGGUCGGCGACACCAUGUCGUCGUACGGAAUCGCCGCUGACCGCAUCCAAGGCCGUGGCUUUUAA